UUCGCAUUUUCUGCUCAUAAUUGAAGUAUAUAAUCAAAUUCCUAGCAUUCUUUACUAACCAACUAUGGCUCGUUCAAUUGUACUCAAUAAAAAAAAAUAUUUCCACUUUCUUGCUGCGGUCCUGCGGUGGCACCUGCAACUUCGACUUGACUCGAAUUUCAACAUGAAAUGUGCAACAUGAAAUUGCGACCUCGCUUCGCCACAUAACUAAAACGCACACCCACACACAUAUAUAUAUAUAUAUAUAUUUAUAAAUUCGCACUCAAAUGUGCGCGCUGUGAUUUUGCUGCACACAUUUCGUGAAAAUCUGUGCACCGGCAUGCCGUUGUUAUUUGUGUGCCACUUGCGUUUGGUGCGCACGUGUGUGUGUGCGUGUGUGGGCAACUGCAACUGUAAUUUAAUAAUACAACCGAUUGCCACAUUUACAUACGAACUACGUCGACCCACCGACCCAUCGACCAACCUGCAUCUGCAACUGCGUCGUUGUCCUUGUCGUCGUCGACGUUAUCGUCAAUUAAAUUAAUAACAUCUAAUUGCAUUUGAAUGACCAACCGAACGACCGACCGGCGCAACAACCUCCGUUUGUCGCCACACUCCAUUAACACCUGUGAAUGGCAUACGUCGCGUCGCGUCGCUUCAUGUCGCUUCAUGUCGCUUCAUGUCGCUUCAUGUCGCUUCACGUCGCCAGUUUGCAAAAGCAAGUUAGCGUGAUGAGCAUGAAUUUAUCAGCCAAACUGGAUGAGCUUCAAAGAGGCGAUCGACACUUGGAGACGACAGUCGCCUUGUGUGAAAUACGUACUCAGCUGCAGGAGCUGACCAAAUCCGUGGAGAGUUGUCAAAGUGAGGUGUCAGAGGUAAAACGGGACAUGGUUGCCAUCAAACACGAAUUGGACACCGUGCAACAGGUUAAAGAGGAAAUCGAAGAGCUGCGCGAAUACGUCGACAGACUGGAGGAGCACACACACAGACGGAAGCUAAGACUUUUAGAACAAGUUUGUAGCUUAAAUUAUUUGCCAUGUUGUGGUCUUACCUUCUUCCUAACAUACUCGAUAUUCUCGGCGGUGCUGGGCAUGCUACAGUUCGGUUACAAUACCGGUGUGAUAAAUGCGCCCGAGAAGAAUAUCGAGAAUUUCAUGAAGGACGUGUACAAGGAUCGCUAUGGCGAGGAUAUCAGUGAGGAGUUCAUACAGCAGCUGUACUCGGUGGCGGUGUCGAUAUUCGCCAUUGGCGGCAUGUUGGGUGGUUUCAGUGGCGCUUGGGUGGCCAAUCGCUUCGGCAGAAAAGGCGGACUAUUAUUAAAUAAUGUGCUUGGCAUAUCGGGUGCUUGUCUAAUGGGUUUUACCAAAGUUAGUCAUUCCUAUGAAAUGUUAUUCCUCGGCCGAUUUAUUAUUGGUGUUAAUUGCGGUCUUAAUACAUCAUUGGUGCCAAUGUACAUCUCUGAAAUAGCGCCACUGAACUUACGCGGUGGAUUAGGCACCGUAAAUCAAUUGGCUGUGACAAUAGGUUUACUACUAUCCCAAGUCCUGGGAAUCGAACAAAUUUUAGGAACUAAUGAUGGCUGGCCCAUAUUACUUGGCCUAGCCAUAUGUCCAGCAAUAUUGCAAUUAAUAUUACUGCCGAUAUGCCCGGAAUCGCCCAGAUAUCUGCUCAUCACGAAACAAUGGGAGGAGGAAGCCCGAAGAGCGCUGCGACGACUACGUGCCUCGAGUACGGUGGAUGAGGACAUUGAAGAGAUGCGCGCCGAAGAACGCGCCCAACAGUCGGAAAGCCACAUCUCCACCAUGGAGCUAAUCUGCUCGCCCACACUGCGGCCGCCAUUGAUAAUCGGCAUUGUGAUGCAGCUGAGCCAGCAGUUCAGCGGUAUCAAUGCGGUGCUAUACUACUCAACAUCGCUGUUCAUGAGCUCUGGCCUGACGGAGGAGAGCGCCAAAUUCUCAACGAUAGGCAUUGGAGCCAUAAUGUUGCUGAUGACACUCGUCUCAAUACCGUUAAUGGAUCGCACCGGUCGUCGAACGCUCCAUCUAUACGGUUUAGGUGGCAUGUUCAUAUUCUCGAUAUUCAUAACGAUUUCAUUUUUAAUUAAGGAGUUUUUUGGUUAUGUACAGGAAAUGAUCGAUUGGAUGUCGUAUCUGUCGGUGGUGUCGACGCUCGGCUUUGUCGUAUUCUUCUCGGUCGGACCCGGCUCCAUCCCAUGGAUGAUCACAGCGGAAUUGUUCUCGCAAGGACCACGACCCAGCGCGAUGGCAAUCGCUGUACUGGUCAAUUGGAUGGCGAACUUCGUAGUCGGCAUUGGUUUCCCCAGUAUGAAGGCUGAAUUGGAGAAUUAUACAUUUUUGCCGUUUAGCGUUUGCUUAGCUAUAUUUUGGAUAUUCACCUAUAAGAAGGUUCCUGAGACUAAGAAUAAGACAUUCGAAGAGAUUUGCGCGCUAUUCCGACACGGAAAUGGAAGCGAUUAUGGUUCUACAUACAGACAAAGCGAUUCCACAGCCGACAUUGAAAUACAGCAUCGCACCGAGGCGGGAGAUGAGCGUCCGAAAGAACAGUGAAGCUUGUAAAUGCCGUCCGCCAAAUUAUUGCUUCACUCUAAUUUCGUUUACUUAUUUGCUCAAAAACGUUAAUUGUAAUAAAAAAAUUUGUAUUUUAAUUUAAUAUUUUGUUUUUGUACACUAUUUAAUUUACUGUGCUUAUUCUAGUUUGUACUUAUAUAUGUAUUAUUUAAUGUUUUCGAUAUAACUUGUUUUUCAUUUGCAUUAAGUCUCGAUAUUAUUCACCAGUAAAAGUAUCUAUUUUAAGAGCAAACAAAUUUGUUUUUUUA